AUGUGGGUGGAUGAAGAGGGUGAGGCGGCGGCGGCGGCCCCAGACCCCCUUUUGCACACAGAGGCGAGGAAGGGCCACUGCGACACGGUCCGCCAGCUCCUUGCCCAGGACCCAGAGGCCCUCAACAGCCAGGAUGCCAGUGGCAGGACGCCCCUUUUCUGGGCCACGGAGUACAGGCGCAAGAGCCUGGUGGAGAUCCUGCUGGCCCACGGAGCAGACCCAGCUGUGCGGGAUCACGAAGGGAACCUCUGUCUGCACUGGGCGGUGUAUGUCGGCAGCCCCUCCAUCGCCAGAAUGCUGCUGGACGCCGGCUCUGAUGUGGAUGCGCUGAAUGGCCAAGGCGACUCACCCCUGCACCUGGCGGCCCAGGAGAGGCGCUACGAAUGUCUCGUCCUGCUUCUUGCCCACGGCGCCAAAGUCUCCCUGAGGAACAGAGCCGGCCAAGUGGCUUUGCAGUGCUCCAAGCCCAGCUCCCCUUCCUGGCGGGCCCUGGAGGCGGCCUCUGCACGGCCCCCCCACCCGACGGAGAGGCUCCUGUGCAGAGACAUCUCCCGGGGCUUUGAGCAGGUCCCCAUCCCUUGCGUCAACGGGGUGGAUGAGGAGCCGGCCCCCGGAGCCUUCCUCUACGUCACGCAGAACUUCGUGUCGGACUCUGCGGUGCUCCCAGUGACGGGCUGGGGCAGAAGUCAGCACUGCGAGUGCGCCAGUUCCUGCUCUGCGCCCACCUGCCCGUGUGUCAAGCGCGGCCUGCGCUCCUGGUACACUCCGGGGCCAGCCGGCCGUUUCUCUCCUCUCGUGGUCCAGGAUGGCCGGCUGGCACCAGACGCGGCCGGCAGCACAGCCGAGGCGGGCCCCAUCUACGAGUGCCACAUGCUCUGCUCUUGCGCCAGCUCCUGCCCCAACCGGGUGGCGCAGAAGGGCCUCAGGACUCAGCUGCAGCUCUACCGGAUGCCAGGCAAGGGCUGGGCAGUGCGCACCAUGCAGGAGCUGCCCCGAGGAGCCUUCCUUUGCCAGUACUUUGGGGAGCUGAUUUCCAGCGCAGAGGCUGCCCAGCGAGAGGACGCCGCCUACUCCUUUGUGGUGGACAUGCAGGCGGGCCCCGAGUGCUGCCUGGACGGGCGCUUCUACGGCAGCGUGGGCCGCUUCCUGAACCAUUCGUGCCAGCCCAACCUGGUGGCUCUGCCGGUGGUCGUUGGGCACGAGAUCCCCGGCAUCGCCUUCUUCAGCGCACGGGCCAUCCAGGCGGGCGAAGAGCUGGCGUUCGACUACGGCGAGCGCUUCUGGGAGGCGAAGGGCCGCCGCUGGGCUUGCCUGUGCAAGUCGCCCGGCUGCAGAUACCGGCCGUCGAGGGAAGGGCCAACGACAGCCGUCGUCGCCGUCUCCGCCGCCUCCGCCUCCGCCGCCGCCGCCGCCGCGGGAGACCCCGGCCUGGGCACCUCCACCUCCUACCCGCUCCGCGGCUUCUCGCGCAAGUCCGCGCGGAGCAGCCCGCUGAAGACGGCCCCGCGCCGCUCCGCGCGGGCCCGACGGCGCCCCCUGCGCUAG